AGCCCCGACAUCCCAGCCGAGCUCUCGGGAGGCUGCCAUGGUUUCUCCAGGAAGUUCAUGCGCUGGCAGCAGGAGCUGAUUUUAGGCGGCACAACCAAAGACUCCCAGGGCAAGCUGCUACGCGCCGAGGCCCUGCAGACCAUGUUCCUCCUCAUGAGCCCCCGGCAGCUCUUUGAGCACUUCAAGGAUGACUACGAGAUCCAUGACAUCAGCUGGAGUGAAGAGAAGGCGAGCACCAUCCUGGAGGCCUGGCAGAGGAAAUUCGUGGAGCUGGCACAGGACUCCAUCCCACCCAAUGCCACGCAGAACGUCCAUGCUUUCUCCACCACUACACUCAACGACAUCAUGAAGUCCUUCUCUGAUGUCAGCGUGAUCCGGGUGGCCGGGGGCUAUCUCCUCAUGCUGGCCUACGCCUGUGUCACCAUGCUGCGGUGGGACUGCUCCAAGUCCCAGGGGGCCGUGGGCCUGGCCGGAGUCCUGCUUGUGGCUCUCUCCGUGGCCUCUGGCCUGGGGCUUUGCUCACUGCUGGGCAUCUCCUUCAACGCGGCCACCACCCAGGUCCUGCCCUUCUUGGCCCUUGGCAUUUACAUGUUCCUCUUGGCUCAUGCCUUCACUGAGACCAGCCAGCACGUUCCCUUCAAGGAGCGGACGGGUGAGUGCCUGAAACGCACAGGUACCAGUGUGGCUCUCACCUCUGUCAGCAACAUGAUCGCUUUCUUCAUGGCAGCGCUGGUGCCCAUCCCCCCUUGCUCCUCACGGGUCAUCCAGAUCCAACCCCAGGAGCUUGCCGACGCCAACGACAACCACACCUGCCACCCAUCCCCUUAUGGGCACCCCAGCAUGGCCACCAGCACCCAGAUCACCACCACCGUGCAAGCCUUCACCCGAUGUGACCCCUCGGGCCACCAUGUCGUCACCGUCCUGCCACCCACCUCCCAGGUGUGCACCUCGCCCACCGUCCUCCUGCCCCCCACUGACCCCCUGGGCUCGCAGGUCUUCAACCCAUCCAGCUCCACCCGGGACCUGCUGGCCCAGCUGGACGAGGCCAAAGGUGGGCGGCAGUGUGUCCCCCUGCCCUUCUGCCGCUGGAGCCUCGCUGACUUCGCCCGGGAGAAGUAUGCCCCGCUCCUCCUGCGGACCCGCACCAAGGCGGUGGUGGUGGUGCUGUUCCUGGCGCUGCUGGGACUGAGCCUGUACGGCACCACCAUGGUGCAUGAUGGGCUCUACCUGACGGACAUCGUGCCACGGGACACCAAGGCUCAUGCCUUCAUCUCAGCCCAGUUCAAGUACUUCUCCUUCUACAACAUGUUCAUUGUCACCAAGGGCGGCUUCCACUACCCAGGUGCCCAAGCCGCCCUGCUCAGCCUGCACCAGGCCUUCAGCACCGUCAAAUAUGUGGUGCGGGAGGGCAACCAUGACCUGCCCAAGAUGUGGCUCCAUUACUUCCAGGACUGGCUGCGAGGGCUCCAGGCCACCUUCGACAGGGACUGGCAAGCUGGGCGCAUCACCUACCGCAACGGCUCCGAGGACGGGGCACUGGCCUACAAGCUCCUGAUCCAGACUGGCAACAAGAAGGAGCCCUUCAACUUCAAUCAGCUGACCACGCGGCGGCUGGUGGACGAGAACGGCAUCAUCCCCCCUGACACCUUCUACAUCUGCCUGACAGUGUGGGCCAGCAACGACCCCCUGGGCUUUGCCGCCUCCCAGGCCAACUUUUACCCGCCGCCGCCCGAGUGGAUCCAUGACAAGUAUGACACCACGGGCGAGAACCUGCGAAUCCCGGCAGCCCAGCCGCUGGAGUUCGCCCAGUUCCCUUUCUAUCUGAGUGGUCUGCGUCGCACGGCCGACUUCGUGGAGGCGAUCGAGAGUGUGCGAGCCAUUUGCCGAGAGGCGGCCCAGCGCCACGGGGUGCUGAGCUACCCCAGCGGCUACCCCUUCCUCUUCUGGGAGCAGUACAUCGGCCUGCGACACUGGUUCCUGCUGGCCAUCAGCAUCCUGCUGGCCUGCACAUUCCUUGUCUGCGCCCUGCUGCUGCUCAACCCCUGGACGGCCGGCAUCAUCGUCUCCAUCCUGGCCAUGAUGGCAGUGGAGCUGUUUGGCAUCAUGGGACUGAUGGGCAUCAAGCUGAGCGCCAUCCCCGUGGUCAUCCUCAUUGCAUCGGUGGGCAUCGGUGUGGAGUUCACUGUCCAUGUGGCCCUGGGCUUCCUGACAGCUGCAGGGAGCAGGAACGUGCGUUCAGCCGCAGCAUUGGAGCACACCUUUGCUCCUGUGAUGGACGGUGCUGUCUCCACCCUCCUGGGUGUCCUCAUGUUGGCCAGUUCUGAAUUUGACUUCAUCAUGAGGUACUUCUUUGCGGUGCUCACCAUCCUGACACUGCUGGGGCUGUUCAACGGGCUGGUGCUGCUGCCAGUCCUACUCUCCGUCAUUGGGCCACCUCCUGAGCCCGCCACAUUCCCCGACCCCUCGGACACGGAGCGCUAUGUGGAGGGUGUGGGGCCGGGCAGCCCUCGGGGACCCUUCAUCGUGCCCUCCACCCCAGCACACAUCCUCCUGGAGGCUGGCAAGGACCCCAGCUUCCCUCGCAUCACUGUGCUGAAGCCCUACAAGGACAACCCAGAGGUCCAGGGGAAGAAGGAGGCUCCCCCCGCCUCAGGGACGGUGGCCCUGCACCCUACGUUACCUGGCUCCUAUCCCAGCUUUGGCCCUGAGGGCUUUGCCUGUGAGCGGGACAGCUUGGAGGAGCCUGGCAUGCCCAGCGCCGGUGGCACCACUGCACCCGACACCUUCGAGAUGCAGAGCAUGGGACGCCACGGGGCAGGCGUGCGACACUAG